CAUUCGGGCUGGUCAAAACCUUUGCCUCCCCUCUAUUGAAAACUGAAAUGACGCCACUGGUCUCUCUCUCAGCUGGCGGUAUCGCACUUUCGUAUAAAAAUCAAAAUAGCGUUAGAAUCACGAGAGCUUCGCCUUCCUCGCCCAGUCGCGCAAGUCCACACCUUUUUAUUUUUUCAUACAGAGAAAUACGCACUCGACCGACUUUGUCGUUUGGUCGAUCCACAAACGUUCGCCGAUAAUAUUAUAUUAUCGUAUAACCCCGUCGGGUGGUGUACAAAUCGGUCGUUGUCGUCCGUCGCGGCAUUUCGCGUUGACCGCACGCACGUACCCAUUUACCCCCGGAUUUCCGCCAUUUCCGGUCGUCACACGUUAUCUCCGCUACUCCGCCGUAGCCUCCGUGUGCGAACGUGUUCCGCGCUCUUAACCUACGCCGAUGCGCCGGCGUUAGUAGAAACGAUUACGCGACAUACCCUGUCGUGAACAAUAAUAAAUAAUAAUAAUUGUAACGUCAUCGCGUCGUUUCGCGCGUUUCCCAAGUUCCCUCCGAUAAACUGCAGCAGCAGUGCAGCUGCUCGUGCACCUCUUGGCCGUCCGUUGAUAAGUCGUCGACGUAAUAAUAAUAAUACAGAUAACGUCGCGUCGCCGUACGAUACCGCUCGACGAGUUCAACAGUUAUACAGUCGCCGCGGUCACAGAGUAUUAUCCGCGAUCGAGCAGUGUCUAUGUUAUCUAACUCGUGCGCUCUAUCGCAGCAGCCUGCACACGGCGUCGCAAUGUCGAGCGCGACGACGAAAUGCAAACAUCUCGACGGGGACGAAGAAGCGAAACGCAAACGCAGCAGAUGGAUGGUGUUUCCGGGAUUUUUCGAAGUAAUUCCGUGAUGAAGAAAAAUUAAACCUUCAGAAAAUAUGGAACCUUUUGUAUUGGCUGCUUUUGACAACAAUGUUCUUCAUGAUGUUUCAAGUAGACCGUUGGUCAUGGCCAAUUUUAGAUUGGUUAGACAACUGGACCUCAAGAAAAAGGAAGUAAGAAGAUUAGAAAAGACACUAAAGCAUAAAAAUCAGCAACUUGUAGCUCUUAGAAAAUACAUUGAAUAUAUGAAAAAAGACAACCCUACAACCAACGACGAAGCAGCCAACAUAUUAGUUGAUUUCGGAAAUAUGAAAGUGGAUGAAGAACCUUUUGAUUACGAUUAUCUUCCACUAGAAGAAGGGAUAUACUCGUACUCGAACGAGUAAAAAAAUAAGAAAAAAGAAGUAAAAAAAAUGAAAUACUGUUACAUCGUGAGCUUUGGACAUUUCUGUGGAAAAUUCGCUACAUAUCAACUAAUAGAUAAUAAUUUACUGUUGUACGAGUCUUAUAAUAUUAUCAUGCUUCUAAUUUUUAUUGUAUACCUUAAUUAAAAACUUAAUAAAUAAAUAAGCUCAUUAUUAAAAAUACGUUUGUGACAUCAAAAUUUGUAUUCAAUAAAUGAAAUAAUAUAAAAUUAA